GUCACUGGUUAUUAGUUUUAGUUUUUACACUUUUUUCCGUGGGGAUAGUUCUGGGCGAUGAACCGCUUCCUGAGUGCACCUUGCUAAAUAACGGUUGUCCAGAAGGGGACUGCGUCUUCACUCUAAAGAAUUAUAAGCCAUGUACUAUUACUCACAGCAACUUUUUAGGGAUUACAAAUUCAUCUGUAUUGAAUAUCCAAGGAAAUAUUAAAAAAAUCGAAGAGAAUGCUUUCAAUGAUUUCAUUCAUCUCACAAGCAUAUACAUGCAAAAUAAUGGAUUAACUUCUCUCCCGCCAAAAAUUUUUUCAAGGACUACAGCUUUACGGCUUUUGUGGCUGUCUUCCAAUGAGCUUCAAACUAUUGAAGGAGGCCUUUUUUCAACUCUUAAUAGUUUGCAGUAUCUUUAUCUCAAUAAAAAUAAAGUCAGUUUUAUUGGAAAAGAUGAUUUUCGCGGACUAUUUAGCUUAACUUCUCUGGAACUGAAAGCAAAUUGUAUAAGUUCUAUUGAAUUAAAUGCAUUUCGUCAUCUUUCUUCCUUACGAACACUUAAAUUGCUUCAGAAUUGUUUAACAGUACUCCCCCCAAGAAUGUUUGCUGGCUCUAACCAGUUAAAUUACUUGGAGCUUUCUCAUAAUAACAUCUCUUCAAUUGGAGACGGGGCCUUUUUAGGUCUUGAGAACUUGGAACACUUAUACUUGAAUGAUAACGGCCUCACCGAGCUAAACGAAUAUAGUUUUUUAGGCCUCUUAUCCUUACUUACAUUACAACUCUCUUCUAAUCUGCUAACGAGAAUUCCACCGGUCACUUUUACACAUUCUCCCCAUUUGAACGAGUUGAUUUUACAUACAAAUCCAAUAACGCAUAUCCCCCCUAAUGCAUUCCUCUCUACUUUUGAUCUGAGAAACUUGGUUUUAACCCCCACCCUGCAGUUUUCCUGCUGCGCGAUAGUAAGGCUUAUAAUUGGUCUGCGUUCUGGGUUUUCUGACCAAUCUGUGUUUUCCCACUGUACAUACGAUGAAAAAACCGUGAUUUUCAGCUCAUUUUCAUUUGAAAAUUGCUAUAAAGCAAAGGAUGGCGGAAAACUUCCUAAAGAGAUCGACGAAGAUCCUAUCGAAUACACAAACUACCGAAUUGCAAAUAAUGAAAUUCCUAUGGAGUUGAAGGAAUAUCCAAAAAGACAAGAUGUUCCCCACGGACACCGAGUCAAUCCAGAUAAUGCUGGUACCCCUGAACCUAAGCUUCGUCUGGAUGCCACUAAUCAGCAGGAACAAAAAGAAAACGAUAGUACUGAAAGAGAUCCUAAAAUCGGCAACUAUCCUCUCAAAGAAAGUUUAAAAAAUGUACUAGUAGAUAAAUUAAGUUUUUCAGGGGCCGCCCACUCCUUAAAAGAAAGUGCUUUUGCUUUAGUUACAAAAGGCUACUUCAUUCUGAGCAACUAAUAGCAAUCUUCUAGGUAUAACCUUGACGCAAAAUUUUUCUGGGUUUCUUAGAACAAGUUACUGGAAGGGAGCUGAGAGUCUACGAAGACGAGAGUC